UUUCCGCCCGCAGUAGCGCCCGCUCCCUCCGCCCGGCUUGAUACCUGACGCGGGAGACCGUCGCGCCUGCGGAAGAUGAACGCGAUGCUGGCGCCCUUGGGUCUCUCGCUCCUGCUGGCGGUUCUGUGUGCCGCAAAGAAUUACGAUGCCUUGGUGACCCAGGGUGAACAAUACUGCCAGAAGAUCGUUGACCCCGAAACGCAAUCGAACUGCUUGACCUGUUUCCAAGAGGCCGGAAGUGGCAACAGAAACGAGAUAAACUCUUGUAUGAAGCAAUGGCUGCCCAAGAGCAUGGCCAGGUGUGCGAAUAAGCAGAGCGACGCAGCACUUGAAGCGUGUAUGGACAUCGCGGGAAAACUGGAUAAGGCGAAAGAGAAGAGAACCAAAAUCCUGGUGAACGUGGGACAACCGCAGCUGAACAAAGUGAUGGACUCGAAGCUCGUGAAGGACGCCGGGUCGGCCGUCUUCUCGAUCAUCAGCCAGGAGCUCUUCAUUACGGAUGAAACUCUGAGGAACCUCGUCGACGACCUGGCCGCCGAGUGCUUCGAAAGGUUCGCGCUCGAGGACAAGGACGAGAACUGGCACCUGCACCACACCGACAAAUCGAAGCAGGGGCGCCGGGCCGCGAGGCCGAAUGGCGAGGGCAUAGAAGAGAGGCACCUGACUUACUCCUACGGGGAAAUGGGAGUCGACAUGCCCUUCCACGGCGUCGGCCCCUUGGCGGUGGACGUUCUCAAGGGCAAAUGCAUCAUGGAGAAGCUGGCAGAUGCAGGCAAACUUGAUCUUCUCUGUAGAAACUGCACUCAACUCCCCAACCCUGUGCCCAGUUGGUUCUUCCAAGAUAUACUGGAGCAUAUUACCUCGAUCACCCUCCCGCACUGAGCACAACGAGGACCUUCUUUCUCACUGGAGAAAAUAAACCUAUACAUUGGGAUUCACUCUUUGGCAUUGCUGACACAUAUUAUUGAAAUUUGUUUUACACUGCAAUAAACAUAGAGCUGGUCAAAUACUGCAUAUUGUAUAGGGUAAUACUGUGCUUCUACAUCAUUAUGAAACACAAAAAUAUGCAUUUGAUUGGAAAACAAAUAAAAAUCUAAACACA